ACUCCGCCUCUUGUCAGGAAGGGUUAGCAAGAGCCGAAAGCGAAUACACGACUCCGCUUUAAGCCGUGAACUAUCACCGAAGUCCACUGGAAUUAACCUCACAUUUUUUGGCUGUGGAUACUGACAUUUCUCUCAUUGGUUUUGGCGUCGAAGAAGCGAUAAAUAAUCCCGGAAACCACCCAGAGAGGAUUUCUAACUUUGUUGAAGCGACUAAUGCACUCUACGAAACGGAAGUAACUUGCCAGCUGUCUAGCUAAUCUUGCUAGUGUCUGAAUGCCAACUCUGUGGGUGAUGGAGUUGAGCAGGCAACUCUGUGGGAAGAUGAGGAGGUCGAAAAGGGUCCAACCUCCCUCUCCCCCUACUUCCUCUUUGGGCCUGGAGAUCCACUUUUACAUAUCAAACACACACCAGCUGGAGUACUUAAAAGGCUGCUACACCGCUGAGGAGCUCUGUGUGGACGCUGCCAAGAAAUGCUCAAUCUCCCCCUUGUGCCAUAACCUGUUUGCCCUGUACAAUGAAGAAACUGGUAUGUGGUAUCCCCCCAACCACGAGUUCAAGAUCACAGAUGAGACCAGUCUCAAGUUGCACUAUCGUAUGAGGUUUUAUUUCAGGAAUUGGCAUGGCACCACUGAAGGAGAGUCUCCAGUUUGGCGACACUGUAUCAGCAAACUCAAAGGAAGCCCACAGAAAACCCCAGAAGGAACACCCUUGUUGGACGCUGCCUCCUUGGACUACCUGUUUGCUCAGGGUCAGCAUGACUUCCAGGUGGGCAUGGUUCCAUUGAGAGUGUCCCAAUCAGAUGCAGAACAACAUGAGAUUGAAAACGAGUGUUUGGGCAUGGCUGUACUCGCUAUCACUCACUAUGCCAUGAUCAUGGAAAUACCCCCAUCUGCUGCUUCUCAAGAAAUCAGCUACAAAAAAUUCAUCCCAGAGGCGCUGAACCGUAACAUCAAGCAGCGCAACAUUCUGACUCGUGUCCGCAUUAACAACGUCUUCAAGAAGUUUCUUAACGAGUUUAAUCAUCGUACGGUUAAGGACAGCAACAUCACACCAUAUGACCUGAAGAUUAAAUACCUGGCCACGCUGGAGGGUCUGACCACAGGCCUUGGUUGGGAGCUGCUGGAGCCCAAGUCAGUCAGUGUGAAGCAGGAAGAAGAGCUCUGCAAUGGAUUUGGCUACUACAACCAGGCUCAAGGGCAAAACCAGAGCCAGUGUCAGAUCAUGGAGACAAGCCCUGACGUGCAGGUCCUGGUGACUGGUACAACAGGAAUUUCCUGGAGAAAAAAACCAAGCACAGUGGUCCCGGUUUCCAAAGAAAAGAACAAGUCAAAGAAGAACAAGCACGACAGUAAACAGAAAAAUGACAAGAAGAAAGAGGUGGAUGAAGGCUGGGUGGUGUUUUGUGACUUCCAUGAGAUCACACACACCGUCAUCAAAGACUCAACUGUCACCAUCAAAAGACAGGACAACAAGAGGAUGGAGUUGCAAAUGAUGUCUAGGGCAGAGGCUCUGUCCUUUGCAGCCCUUGUGGAUGGGUAUUUCCGUCUGACUGUGGAUGCUCACCACUUCCUAUGCACAGAGGUGGCCCCUUCUUCAGUGGUCCAUAACAUCGAAAAUGGCUGCCACGGACCUAUCUGUACGGAUUAUGCCAUCCACAAGCUCCGUCAGGAAGGCAAUGAGGAGGGCACAUACAUAUUGCGCUGGAGCUGCACCGAUUAUCAUUACAUCAUCAUUACGGUGGUCUGCACUGAGUAUGACCUGAGGGACUCUCGUCCAGUGCGGCAGUUUAAGAACUUUCAGAUUGAGGUGGCCCCCAAUGGGUAUCGCCUCUAUGGCACCGAAACACUGCGGCCUUCUCUCAAAGAGCUGUUGGAGCACCUGGAGGGCCAGAGCCUUCGCACCGAAAAUCUCCAUUUCCAGCUGAUACGUUGCUGCCCUCCACAGCCCAGAGAGGUGUCCAACCUGAUGGUGGCCACUAAAGACAGAGCACCCGUCCCUCAGACACCCAUGCAGGAGAGCCAGCUGAGCUUCCAUCGCAUUCUCAAAGAGGAGAUUGAACAGGAGGAACAUCUUGGCGUGGGCACAAAAACAAAUAUCUACUCAGGCACAUUGAGGGUGAAGAAUGAGGAAGAGGAGGACGCCGGGUACUCAUCAUUCCAGGACGUCAAGGUGGUCCUGAAGGUGCUGGGAUCUGGCCACAGAGACAUUUCCCUGGCCUUUUUUGAAACCGCCAGUAUGAUGCGGCAAGUGUCCCAUAAACACAUUGUGCUGCUUUAUGGAGUUUGUGUUCGCCACCAGGAGAAUAUCAUGGUGGAGGAGUUUGUCCAGCUAGGACCACUGGACCAGUUUAUGAGGAGACAGCAGAUCCAACUCAGCACACCGUGGAAGUUCCAAGUGGCCAAGCAGCUGGCCUCAGCUCUCAGCUACUUAGAGGACAAAAGGCUGGUCCAUGGAUACGUUUGUGCCAAAAACAUCCUGCUGGCCAGGGACGGGCUGGAGACGGAUGAGGGAGGGCCCUUCAUCAAGCUCAGUGAUCCAGGAAUACCAAUCACAGUACUCAGCAGAGAGGAAUGUGUGCAUCGCAUCCCAUGGAUUGCUCCGGAGUGUGUGAAGAGUGUGUCGUCUCUGAACGUCGCAGCUGAUAAAUGGGGUUUUGGUACCACACUGUGGGAGAUCUGUUAUGAUGGAGAGGUGCCACUCAAAGACAAGAGACUAACAGAGAAGGAGAGAUUUUAUGAGACAGAAUGCCAACUGGCCACGCCGGACUGCAAAGAGCUGGCCCAACUGAUGACCCACUGCAUGAACUAUGACCCCAAGAAGAGGCCUUUUUUCAGAGCCAUCGUCAGGGACAUCGACAAGUUGGAGGAAAAAAAUCCGUCUAUCAGACCUCAGCCCACACCAGAAGUUGACCCAACAGUUUUUGAAAAGAGAUUCCUGAAAAGGAUCAGAGAUCUGGGAGAGGGUCACUUUGGUAAGGUGGAGCUGUGUCGCUAUGAUCCACGUGGUGAUAAAACAGGCGAGCUGGUGGCGGUGAAGUCACUGAAGCCUGAGAACCGAGAGGAACAGGGGAACAACCUCUCAACUGAGAUUGACAUCCUGAAGGCACUCUACCAUAACAACAUUGUGAAAUACAAGGGCAUUUGUCAAGAAGAAGGUGGUCAGGCCAUCAAGCUGAUCAUGGAGUAUCUCCCACUCGGCAGUUUGAAGGAGUACCUGCCCAGGUACAAAAGCAAGACCAACCUCAACACCCUGCUCAGCUACGCCGUCCAGAUAUGUGAGGGAAUGGACUACCUCGGUUCCCGAAAUUACAUCCACAGGGAUCUGGCUGCCCGAAAUGUGCUGGUGGAGAAUGAGAGAACGGUAAAGAUCGGUGACUUCGGUCUGACCAAGAGCAUCAAAGAAAAUGAGGGCUACUACACCGUCAAGGAGGACCACGUCAGCCCCGUUUUCUGGUACGCUCCAGAGUGUCUGACACACUGUAAGUUUUACCGGGCAUCAGACGUUUGGUCGUUCGGCGUGACCAUGUACGAACUCAUCACCUACUGCGACUCGUCCAAGAGCCCCAUGAUGCUGUUCAUGGGUAUGAUUGGUAAAACCUACGGUCAGAUGACGGUGGUCCGACUGGUCAACGUACUGAAGGAGGGACGGAGGCUGCCUCGUCCUGAGGGCUGUCCAGAGCCUGUGUACGAGCUGAUGCGCAGGUGUUGGGAACAAACACCUGAGAGGAGAAUCACCUUCCGGCGUCUGAUCGAGGAGCUGACCAACAUGCAGCGACAGCUCCAAUCCCAGAAUGACUAUUAACCCUCUGAGCGCUGGAGGC